AGUUGUCAAAUGGCAAACAAACAAGAAACAACUAAAAAUUUUAAUUAAUCAAAACCAAUUUAAUUCGAAGAAAUUAGUAAUAGUAAUGCCUAGGCAAGGAAGGACGCCGAAAAAAGACGGACCUGAGUCAGGAGAAGACUCGGAUGAAUACAGAAAACGUCGGGACAGAAACAAUUUGGCCGUUAAAAGAAGCAGAGUUAAGUCCAAACAGAAGACGCAGGAAACGUUGAGUAGAGUGAACGAGCUCAAAAAUGAAAAUACCAUUUUGGAAGAAAAGGUCAAAACUUUGACGAAGGAGCUAGGAUUUCUGAAAGAGCUGUUCCUUGCACACGCAUCGAAUAGCGCAGAUAAAAGUAAAUUCGAAGGCGUAGAUCUUCAGAAACUCUUGCAGGAUAAUUCAUCUGAAGAAGAUUUUUCACUGUAUAAACGAGAAUAAGUAAGUGAUUUUCCUUUAAUUUUUUAAACGAUCAUUUUUUGUGUUUCUUAUCUUUCAUUACGACAAACAGUAUAUAUUUUUUUUAAUUAAUCAUCUAUCUUUCACUGGGCUAAUAUGCUUUAUCUCCAAAACUAUAUCCUGUUAUACAUUUUGAAAUUUUUUGAGUUUCAUUAUAAAAGUUAAGACAUGUACAUUUUAUUAUAAUUUGUAGUAAUUUUUUAUAUUACGUUUUUAUAUGUAUAUUUAUCGGAAAUAAAACUGUUGUUU